UUUACUUUGUUUUCAGAACUUAAAGGUCCUCAUCAUUUGGUGUGAAGACAAUGGCUGGAGGACCAUAUAGCUAUUCAUAUAUAUUUAAAUACAUCAUCAUUGGAGACAUGGGAGUUGGGAAAUCAUGUCUCCUCCAUCAAUUCACAGAAAAGAAAUUCAUGGCAGACUGCCCCCACACAAUUGGAGUGGAGUUUGGAACAAGAGUUAUUGAGGUGUCGGGUCAGAAGAUCAAGUUGCAGAUAUGGGAUACAGCUGGUCAGGAACGCUUUCGUGCUGUGACUCGAUCUUACUACAGAGGAGCUGCUGGAGCCCUCAUGGUCUAUGAUAUCACCAGGCGAGCAACCUACAAUCACCUCAGCAGCUGGCUCACAGAUGCCCGGAGUUUGACCAACCCCAAUACGGUUAUAUUCCUAAUUGGUAACAAGUCUGACCUGGAAGCCCAGCGAGAUGUUACAUAUGAAGAAGCAAAGGAGUUUGCAGAGGAGAAUGGGCUUCUUUUUAUGGAAGCUAGUGCCAAGACUGGGGAAAAUGUGGAAGAAGCCUUCCUGGAAACAGCCAAGAAGAUCCAUCAGAAUAUUGAGAAUGGUUUGGAGGUAAUCCCAAGUGAAUCAACGACUGUCAAGCCUCCAGGGUCUGGUGGUACUAUGCAACCUAGCAAUGCUUCCAAUUGUGCCUGUUAGUGACUGGAACUGUGUGAGGCCAUCCAUCAUCUUGUCUGGUUUCCUGCUACAAUUUGAUAAAUUAAAAGAGUAAGAAGACCACAUUUCAGUGCUGGGACCCCAUGAACCAUUGAUAUAACCAAGGAAACUUGGUGCAAACAGUGUCUGGUGUCAGCUGUGAUAUCCAUUGGCUCCACAGUGAUAGGUAGGUGAAUGCCACCAAUGUGUAUGUUUGUUAUGUUAUCAGCGAGUUGAGAGGGUGACCUCAGAGGAGCCAGAUUGUCCCUUGAAAGAGUGGAAAACUUGUGUCAUUACCACUAGGCAUGUUUAAACUGAGGU